AUGGGAGCCAAGGCGCCGCCACUUCGACAAAAGCACCUUCCGCUGGAAAACUACGAUAUGCAAAGGAAAACGAUUAAGAAGACGAGAAGUGAUGGUUGCUUCGAGCGUUUACCCUACGCUUCAUUAAUGGCUACGAUUUUGUGUAUAGUAGGCGUCAUUCUCUUCUCGAUCAUGAUGAAAUGGGGUUUCCAUGCGCUUUUCGAGCAAAUUCAACGCGUCUUUCGGGCGGAUAAAUGGAAUUGGUUGGAUAAGGUUCAAAUCUUCUUUGUCAUCACAGCUGUUGUCAUGUCGCUGUUCACGUUUUUCUUUGUGGUUGCUGGCUUUUUCUCCACUGGGGCAACGAGGGAAAAGUUGUUUAGAGAUGCAAAGUCUCGUCAAGGUGGCCGGUGUACUUGUGUGGCGAUCAUUUGUCUCUGCUACGUGCUGCUCGGCUUUUGGUUUCUCGCUUUUGGCGUCACCUCGGCGAUCGUCGUCAUCUAUCAUAUCUUUGAUUCCCUGUGCUCGUCCCUUCAGGAUUACACCGAAAUGGAGUGCCUCGAUUUCUCCGUUUUUCGGCCGCUCUUCGACUCGUACAAUGGAGCGUCCCUGAAAAUCUGCGGCGGCGACGUGCAACAGUUCUGCGCGUUGAGUCAGACGGCUUACUGCUGGUUUUGGGUAGGCUGGGCCGGUGCCGUGCUUGUUAUCUACGGCCUUGUGCAAUUCAUCGCCGCCAAUGCUGCCAAUUAUUCCCAUAUUGGCAAUGCCUGGAAAUAUGUCGAGUUGCACGAGUGUCUCUCCGAGGCGAUUCCCCCGCCUGUUCCUCAAUCGAAAAUGCCUCCACCCCCGCCUUUCUACAAUGCGCCCACAAAUAGCACAUCUACGAGAUCUAGGGAUAAAUAUGCCCAAGAUCCGAAAAACAGCCGCCGAGCUAGGAAGGGGAGUACUGAAGAUCGUUACGGUUCUCACAUGUCAUCUUCCUCUACACAUUUGGCGGUGAAUCACUCGGAUACGAUGAGUCAAUACCCGUAUCGGGGGCGACAAAAGCACUAC